GCGGGGACAGACAGACCUGGAGGGAGAGGCUCGCUGCAAAGCUCUGCCCGGCUAUGCGAAGCACCUCAGCACGGUGGUGGGGGGGUUCUACGCCCUCCACCACUUCUUCCAGCUGCAGAUGGUCUGGGUGGUGUUGCUCAGCCUGCUGUGCUACCUGGUUCUCUUCCUGUGCCGGCACUCGGCCCACCGUGGGGUCUUCCUCUCCAUCACCAUCCUCAUCUACCUCCUCAUGGGGGAGAUGCACAUGGUGGAUACCGUGACCUGGCAUAAAAUGAGAGGGGCCCAGAUGAUUGUGGCGAUGAAGGCCGUGUCCCUGGGCUUCGACCUGGACCGCGGGGAGCUCCCGGCCGUCCCCUCCCCCGUGGAGUUCAUGGGCUACAUCUACUUUGUGGGCACGGCCAUCUUCGGGCCCUGGAGCCGCUUCCGCAGCUACCUCCAGGCGGUGGAGAGCCGGGCCCUGAGCCUCCCCUGGCUGCGGAAGGUGUCCCGGAGCCUCCUCCUCUCCAUCAUCUGCCUCCUCGUCUCCACCUGCGUCGCCCCCUACCUGUUCUCCUACUUCAUCCCGCUCUACGGCUACCGGCAGCUCAGGAAGAGGAAGCGGAAGGCCAGGUGGCUCCGGGCCUACGAAAGCGCCAUCUCCUUCCACUUCAGCAGCUACUUCGUGGGAUUCCUUUCCGAGGCCACGGCCACGCUGGCUGGGGCGGGAUUCACCGAGGAGAAGGACAACCUCAAAUGGGACCUGACGGUGUCCCGACCCUUGAACGUCGAGCUGCCCCGGUCGAUGGUGGAAGUCGUCACCAGCUGGAACCUGCCCAUGUCCAGUUGGCUCAACUCCUAUGUCUUUAAGAACAGCCUGCAACUCGGGACUUUCUCCGCUGUCAUUGUCACGUACGCCGCCAGCGCCCUCCUGCAUGGACUCAGCUUCCACUUGGCCGCGGUGCUGCUGUCUCUGGGAUUCAUCACCUACGUGGAGCAUGUCCUCCGGAAGCGCCUCUCUGUCAUCUUUGAUGCCUGCCUCCUCUCCAAGCGCUGCCCACCCGGCUGUCCCCACCGCCAUAACACGAAUCUCUGGGUUCGGCUGCUGAACCUGCUUUUCGGCGUUCUGGCUGUCUUCCACCUGGCCUACUUGGGCUCACUCUUUGACAUCGACGCUGAUGACACCGUAGAGGAGCAGGGCUACAGUAUGUCCUACACCAUCUAUAAGUGGUCGGAGCUGAGCUGGGCCAGCCACUGGGUCACCUUCGGCUGCUGGGUCUUCUACCGCCUCAUUGGCUGAGCUGGACUGAGACACAGAGACACCAGGAGGUGGGGGGUGUCCUGGUGUGAGCCGACUGUACCUCCCCCCGGCCCCUACUGAGACCAUCGGACACAACCUCAAGAGCUGGCGGGCUUCAGCUGGGGCAUCUGGCACCAGGGCAUGGGCAUCGGGGACUGGAGGGGGGGGGCUAGUGGCCCCAGGGGGAAUCACAGUCCCUGUCCCCUGCCCACUGGCCAGCCAUUAACCCCUCCCUGCCUUGGAGUGAACUGGAAGGCCAAGAAUUCUAUGAUGGGUCCGGAUCCCACUUCUGCCACCAUCUUAUAAGUGCAGAGAGAGGGAAUAGACACCAUAGAGAGUGACCACUAUCUCUGCAUCUCCCCCACCAAAAUAACAUGACCUGGUCCUCUCUAGGAACUGGAGGACUGAGAUCUCUAUGGUCAGUUUGGAUCCCACUUCUACCACCAUGUAGGAGCAGAGUGAGAGAACAAACACCAUGGAGAAUGACCUCUAUCCUGUAUCUGUCCCCCUGCCACACACACUCCAUUCACCGUGCCCUGGUCCUCUCUAGGAACCGGAGGACUGAAAUCUCAAUGGUUGAUUCCGAUCCCACCCUGUUGUAGCAGCAGAGAGAAAAAGGACACUGCCAGCCAAGGAAGGACACACCCCGGCCCCCGCCCAGAACUCCUCCCCAUGCAAGGUCCCCUCUAGGACCUGCAAGACCCAGAACUCUGUGAGUUUAUAUGGCCCGAGUUACAGCUGCUACCCCCCGCCCCCCGACCACCAAACCUGCCAAGGGUGGGGGACAGGAAAGUACUGUACUUAGCUUAGAAAAAGGGAUUUUUUUUUAACAGAAAACCCCCAAGUAUCAGAUUUGUUACCUGUAAAAUAAAUAAUAAACACAAUGUAUGCACAGAA